AUGGAAGAAGAUGAUAAAAAGAACAAAGUGUUUUCUUAUAGCAAUCUGGAAAAUCAAACAUAUCGGUAUUUACAACAUUUAGCUAAAUCACUUGAACUACCGGCGAAUUUUAAGAAAAUAUACCUCAUAGAAUUAAUACUAGCCAAAAAACACAACUCAGAUGUUGAAGUUAACAAUAUAAUUAAAAGAGUUAAAAAUGAAAGGCUUCAACUUGUGUAUGCAAGAAAAGAAUGGUUGAGACGUAAACAGACAGUUCAGAGAUCUUCACCACCGAUAAUGUCUACACCGAAACGUUCCAGUUACAGCCCUGAAAUGAGAACAAUAUCAUACAACCCUAAAAGAAACUUACUUAGAAAUAUUUCCAAUAAAAAUUCAUGCGACAGAGUCUUAAGGAGCUUUGAUAUGAAAAAUUUAACUUCAAAUUAUAAUGCCAUAGAGAAUUUGAACAAAGAGUCAAGUAUAAAGAUCUUAGCCAACGGGGGAUUCCCACAAAUUAAUUUGGCUCACUGUGUUAUGAAAAGACAUAAGCCGAGCAUUCUGACAUCAAAUACGGGAUUGAAAAGGCAGUUGAUGCUUACAUCGGCAAUGGAUUCCAUAGAUUCUCCGGCGAAACGAAAACGAACAUUAAGCGGCAUCUAUCCAAUACACGAUUCAAUACCAAGAAACUUAACCACAGAUAGCGUUUGUUUGAGAAAAAUUGACGGCAGUCUAGCAAAAAUAAACGCACUAAUACAAAAGAGGAACACUACUAUACCGACACAGAAAAAUAACUACAGAAACCAAGACAAUAAAAUACAGGAAAUAACAAAUAGUGUUGAAACAAACAAUAAUAUACAAUACCCAAAUAUUUCGAGUCUGAAUACAAAUAUACCUAACAUGAACGAUGUCGACUUAUACUCGAUAUGUUAUCACAAGAAGAUAAAAGAACAAAUAAGAUGCGAAAGAAUAAAGAAUGUAUCUGAAAGUCAGAAUCUACCAAAUAUUAAUGAUGUUUUCAGUCAAUUCAAUCAUAUGAACAGAAAGGAUCUUACUACGCCCUUAUAUGUACAAGUUAGUUCGGAUUCAGAGAGAACACAAAACUACAUGUACAAUAUGCCUCAUAACUCCAGCGGCGUCUUGUUGGAGACUUUAUAUAACUUUAAAAAUGAACACAUAACAAACACUCUGUUACUGAAGAUAGCUUCUACAGCGAACACGAAAUCCGUUUUUAGCACUCCUACUGUUGUUACAGCAAUGCCGCAACCCUCCUCUGUUAUCGCCGAAGCUUACUCCUAUCCCGAUACUCCAAUGUCUCAGAGCUCACAAGAUAUAAGUACGUGUAGUGUACCGGAGAUGAUUGAAGACGCUAUGGACAUUAUAAGAGGCGACUCGAAUUACAUGCAACAGAUAGAAACAGAAUCUGUGAGAUGUGUUCUGUGUCACGAAGAAGCUAACAAACUUACUAUAGAAGGACAUGUGAGAAUGGAGCACCCAAAUCAUAUCUACCGCGGUAGUAGCGAGUGUUCUGUGUCAUUCCGUCUAUCAUCUCUCAGCGGUUCGUGGUCGAGCGCUGUGGUCGAACUGGAUUCUGUUCUGUGUGUGUUGAACGUGAGGUGUCAUGAUGAUCACCUGUGGGCAGUACUUACGUCAUUAUCGUCUGAUGCUGCACAGAAAUUUGGCAAAAUAACAAUAUAUAACAAGUUAACGGGUGAACCAUUCUAUUGGAAUGGUCCCAUACAUCCGUCAUCCCAUCAGCUUUAUGAAAACAACAUGAACUGCAUCAAAAUAGGUCUAUCCAAAUUAGAUUUACUUCACAAUAGUGCAAACAUAAAAUUUGUCAACAGCGAACUUGUGAAUGAAUCAAACAGCAAAGUUAUUGUCGGACAGAAGAUUCUAAAUGACAUAACAAUAGAUGUGUAUGUGAAUCUUUUUUGA